AUGGCGAAAAAGUCAAAGGCCGCGAAGAGAGCACGAAAGGCCGAGUCGGAAGCCGAAGCAUGGAAGGCAUCCUCCAAGACCGUACUUGGUCGCCUGACCUACCGUCUAGAGGAAUUACCCGAUCUUCUGAUUGUUCCUGUAAGGUUCUACUUUUUGAAGAAAAUUGACGACAAUGGUGAUCCAGAUUUCGGCUAUGUGUACGCUCAGAAGCAUCGAGACUCCGCGUGGACCGAGCUGUUCAACGACACUUUCGUGUAUUUCAAGAAUAUCGCUGCUAUCAACAAAAAGCCAGACGGGAAAAGCUACGAAUCUCACCUCAUCAUUCCAUGUCACUCGAUGCGGGACGAAGACUUCUGGAAGAGCGUUCGCCCGGGUGACAUACCCUUGAAAAUCAAAUUCCCCGAAGCCCCCCAAAACUCAAAAGAUGUUCCCAUCGAACGGCCGAUGAAGUGCAGUACCAUGGAUAGUUUUGUGUUGAAAGGCAAAGAUGAGGAAGAUCGCAAGCUUUACUACAAAAGUCUCGGUCUUCUGAUUCAGAAGCGUCACGCCACUAUGUUCCCGCGCUCCAAUAUGCUCCGUAUGGCCGGCGAAUCCUUCCAUAGUACUCCAAACGGGAGCAAAGCGAUAACACCGAUGGUGAAAGGAUGCGCGACUCAUCAGGGCAAUGAAACACAGACACCUUCCCCUGCAGAUGAUCCGCAUCGAUCGAGCCACUCACCUUACUCACUUCGCAUACGCAACUAUCUAACGACUAAUCUCAGGCAGAAACUGGUGCACCUGGCAUUCGACCUCACUUGUACCUUGCCAACUACAUAUGACAGUAUGUACAAGGUACUGUUGGAUGUUUUUGGCGAGAAGAUCAACGCCGGGAACAUUGACCGUCUGCAACCCGCUAUCGAAGACCUUCUGAUCGGGCUGCAAGUUCAGCGCAACUACUCCGCUACCAAAUCAAAGACUACGGCAGGAAGCAUCGAAACAUGGUAUAAACCGUUCCCGAUCCGUGAGGUCGUCCAGGCUGUCGAAGUGACAGUUAAAAGCAAGAACAAGGCGAACAAUGAAGAUAAGGAAGUCCAGACUGUUUACGAAUAUUUCGAAGAGAACUACAAUGACGGCAACGAGAUCGAGCACCAGUAUCUACCUCUCGUGGGUGAUGGGCGCGGCUGCUACUUCCCCUUGACAUAUGUCAAACUGCCUGAGAAGACUCAGGUCUUCCCAAGGACAGCCGGUGUUCUAGCCCAGCCUCUCCAGACAGAGAUUCAUGAGCUCGAUCUCCUGAACCCGAACGGUCCAAAAUUUAUGGAGGACAUGGGCGAACGUGUCUGGGCCGAGUUGACGAAGGAGCGACUAUAUGAUGAGGAUGCAACCGAGUAUGAAGCAUCCGUGCUGCUCAAAAGGUCGGAGGACAAACAGGUCAGUGAGGGCGACCCAUUGGACUUGGUACUCUGA